AACAAAAUCCACCGUGUACUAAAAAGAAAAAGAAAAUAGAAGAGACAGUUGUUAGGGUUUUCUCAUCAAUCAAUCAAUCAUCAUCAUCACCCAAAUCCUUCCGCCGACGUCUCUUUCUUGUUUCCGUUUUCUCUCUCCGAUCUCUGACUCAUCCAUCGUAUUGACCAAUUCCCUAAUCAAAAUCCUUCGAAUCUCAAUUUGCUUCGUUAAGAAAUCUGUAGAUCUAGCAGAAAAAAUUCAUAUUUGAUCUGAAUCUGAUAAAAAAACGAUCACCGGUUGAAUCAAAAAGAAUCGAAUUUUGUUUUCACUGGUUUGUUUCUUUGAGAUUUAUAUGAAUAAUAUGAAGAGAUCGAAGAAACCCAGAGUUUCAUGGCCACCAGGUCCUAAGCUUUGUCAGGUUAAGGUUUUUCGAACAGAGGACAGUCCUGCCAAUGUAGCCUCUCAGCCUCAACGUCAUAGCUACCCAUCUAGGAAACCUCGAGGGCCAGAUCUUCCACCUGGUUUUGAAGGAAAUCACUAUGCAGUUAAGCCUAAUGUUUCAAACAUUCCUCGCAUCAAAUGGAAACGACCUCCUCCCAAGUUCUCUGUCAAUGAUACUUGGCUGGUUGGAUGUGGUGGCGGGAGCUCAGAAUGGCAAAAUGAAAACUUGAGGAUUUCAAAAGUGCUGGAAGCUAUCUAUCCUCAUCGCUCUGCCAUCCCUUCUCGACCCUCUGUUUCACCGGCUGUGGAAGCUGAAUGCUUUGAUGACAGCAAAACUCCUGCCAUUCGUCUCACUCCUAUUGAAGACGAGAGUGAAUCUUCUUCAGAGGAGUCAUCCAACAGUAAGGUUGAAUCAGGUGUUACCGCAAACAAGCAGGGUCAGUUGGAGACCAAACCUCUAUGUUCAACCCAAGAACAGGUUUCUGGUCUUACUGGUCUUGCACCAGACUUGAGUCUGGCUGCUUCUGCAGCUCUGACUGCACUGAUGAAAACCAAGGAACAAGGGAGUUUGGUCGAUACUGAGCUACUUAUCAAGUUCCUCAGCGACCCAAAAUUAAUCAAGAAUCUUAUCACUGACACAUCAGGUAAAUCCUCUGAAACUAAGAAUCAGCCCAUUGUCACUAACAUCAACUCUGCUACUAGACCUGUUCCGCAGCCUGUCAGUGCUGUCACCGCCUCACCCAUGGCUAGAAAGCCGCAGCCAGUGAUAAUACCUCAAGAACACAGUGUUGCAGUUUCUCGGUCUUUUACUAACCCUGAGAGGCGAGUAUCACCUCCCAAGCCUGUAAAUGGAAGCAUAUCCCCACCUAAGCCUAUAACUGGAAAACCAUCUAGUAUACCAAUGCCCGUUCAUUUCCAUGUCGGUAUAGCUAAAGAACAACCUCAGCCUGCUCGGUUCCCAUCGAGUUCUCUGCCAAUGAACCUUAACUUCCACCGACCUCCAAAUGUUUUCUCAGAACCAAAGGUAAUAGUAAAUCCUCAACCCCAACACCAACCCUAUUCCGCAUUCCGUACAUCUGAAAUGAACUAUGUUCAAUCAUCAAUUGGACUUGGAAGGGGUCCUCAAACCGGUUUCAAUUCUUAUCCAAUGAACUUUAGCCGGGCAGAUGCAAUUGGUAGCGCUAAACCAGUAGUACAACCUAUGAAGGGUCUAGACUAUUUCAAAAACCUUAUAAGGGAACAUGGCACAGAUAAUCAUGAAACUAACCAAUACCAUUCACAAACUGGAAUAUUCAACGGACGCAUUGAUAAUAAUAAUAAGAUUCAUCAACAAUGUAUCUACUUUGGCACUGCGAAUGGAUGUAAUAUGGGAGACAGUUGCACCUAUGUUCAUGACCGGUAUAGGCCCAACUUUGAGGCCGCGGCUCCGAGGGCUAAGAGAAUGAAGUUUGGAAGGUAUGAGAGAAAUGGUUUUUGAACAUAAAAAAAAAAAUAGAGUUCACUUUUAUAGUCUUGUCUAUCACUGGUUAAGGAACAAAACCUGAGGUGAUACAACUUUCAAUUUUGAUCAAUUUGUGCGCACCAAUUUUAAUUCAUUUAACAAAGUUAUUUGUUUAGAGCACCAGUUUAAUGACACCAGUUUAAGAGGUCGAGAAAGCCGGACAAUAUUAAUUUAAAUCAUGAUUUCAAAACUAAUCUGCGUAAUUAAUUUGUAGUAAACUAUGUCCGGUCUUUUAAAACAAACGAUUAACGGAGUUGAGUUUUGUAAUCGCUUAAAAAAAC